AUGGCAGGAGCCAUCUGUUUUUCCCAUCGCUGGCUCCUGGGUGCUCUUCAGCGGGAAGCAGAACUGUACCCUCUGCAUUGGUAUCACAGUUGAGAACCUCACCAAAAGGGAUCAGCCAAGGGGGAUUUGUGCAGCCUGAUCCCAUCGCUGUGUCCAAGAGGGGCUGUCGGAGCCACAGCAGCCAGUCCUGAGCCACCCACCCUCAGUGGGUGAGUUGAGGCUUUGUCUCCAGCCAGGCCACACAGCGCUGCAGAAAAUGUUCCCAAACAGACAGCUCGUUCUGUGUUUCCUGAGCCGUUCCCUGGUUUCAGCCUGGCUGCUCUGCUGCAAAGGCUUCACCCCCGGGGGCUCUUCCCCUGUGAAACGGUUGGGAGUUUAGAGGAAAAACGUGAAGUGUGUUAUGCUAUACUGAGCUCUUGUUGCAGGGCGUUGAUUGAGCACAUUUCCCCUUUCCUGAUUUUUUUUCCUAUUGAUUUUUUUAUGCCACUCUGCUGCAGCUGCCCUGGCCCGGAGGGGAGAGCGGAAUAAACGCCGUUUUCACCCGGAGAGCGCCGGGAGAGCCCCGCGGGAGACCAGGAUAGAGGGGGACUGGCACUAGCCCAUCUGACUCUGGUCCCCGGAGGAAUCCAGUCAUGGGGGAAACGGGCAAAGAAGAGUACAAAAUACAGUCGUUUGACUCUGAGACUCAGAAGCUGCUGAAAACAGCCCUCAAAGACCCCAGCAAUGUGGACCUGGAGAAAGUGGCCAAUAUUAUAGUGGACCAGUCCCUGAAAGACUGUGUGUUCAGCAAGGAGGCAGGGCGGAUCUGCUACACCAUCAUCCAGGCAGAGAGCAAACAAGUUGGCCAGAGCAUCUUCCGGAGGAGCCUGUUGAACCGGCUGCAGCAGGAGUACAAGGACAGGGAGGAGCUGCGCACCCGCUCGCUCCAGGCCUGGAUCUGCUACGUCACCUUCAUCUGCAACAUCUUCGACUACCUGAGGGUGAACAACAUGCCCAUGAUGGCUCUGGUGAACCCCGUUUAUGACUGUCUGUUCCGGCUGGCACAGCCUGACAGCCUGCAGAAGGAGGAAGAGGUGGACUGCUUGGUCCUGCAGCUCCACCGCAUCGGGGAGCAGCUGGAGAAGAUGAAUUCCCAGCGGAUGGAUGAGCUCUUCUCCCUCCUCCGAGAUGGCUUCCUACUGCAGGAGGGGCUCAGCUCCCUGUCCCAGCUCCUGCUGCUGGAGAUCAUCGAGUUCCGUGCUGCUGACUGGAAGAUGACAGACGCUGCCCAGAAAUACUAUUACAGCGAAGUGACGGAUUAACCACGCGCGGCAGAGGAGGGGAGUCCCCAGCACUUUCACCAGCAAGCUUCGUACCAAGUUGGAAUUUCUUUUCACCUUAAUUUUCUAGCACUUCCUGUAAAUAGGAUUUAUACUGGCUAGAGCCCCUGGGCACCUACAGUCAGGCUGCAGCUGGUGCUGGCCUGACUUCGGAGGUUUGGAGCAGUGGGAAGGGCACGUUUAUCCCAGGAAGUUCUCCCACUGAUACUGUCUUAAUAUUGGGCUGCUGCCAGCAAAGGGCUCCUAAGGCUUCUAGCUCACACCAGCAUUUUCUAUGAGUGGUAAGGAAAGCACAGUUUAGGCUAAGAACAUUUUGCUUCACCCCAAAGCCAGCAGAGCCGUGGGAGGCAGCAGGGAAAUCUCACAGCUCAGGUCGUACCUGGAUAUCUGGGACAGGUCACAGAACACACUGUGGCCUCACAAAUAGCUCAACCAAGUGCUUUUUUUUCCCAGAUUCCUUCCAGGACGCUGGCUGCACCUGCAUGCACAUGGCCUCUCCCACAGCCAGGAAUACCUGCCAGGAGAGGUCCCUGAGCACAUGUAGGAACAGGUUUUAUAAGUUUUAUACAAUAACUGUCAUGUUUUUUUUCACAAUUUAGCGAGUUUCAGCCAUGGGAUGUUUGUUAUAGGAAUGGGAGAGGAAGAAAGGAAACAAAAUAGUCUAUUGAAGGAUUUUUUCUAAUAAAAGUUUUCCACUAACA